AUGGCAUAACAAAAAAAAGAUGAGGAAGAAAUCAAAGUAAAUUCAUAGUCUUAUUGUAGACCUACAAAAUGAUUGAGGGCGAUUAUUCAGUUCAAAUCAGAGUGCUGGAGGCCAAUGAUCUCAUACCCACGUAUGUUAUGUACAAAUAUUCUUUAGUAUCUCCGGGUUUGCAGGCAUUGGGUUGCUUUCGUCCAAAGGCUCUGCUUGCAAUGCAUUUAUAGAGUUGACAGUAUGCGGCUAAGUGAAACGAACUAAAGUUGUUAAGAAUCAAUUAAGUCCCAUUUUCAACUAGUUGAUCUCAUUCAAAUUAAAUGAUAUGAAAAAGGCCCAAUUGUCAUCAGCUACUAUAACUGUGGCUGCAAUUGAUCGUAAGAAUCCCCUCUUGGGCAAUAAAAUAAUCGGAUCAUAUGAGUUGGAUCUCAGUAGUGUGUAUUUCAGCUUACAUCAUGAAUUAUAUCGAACGUACCUAGCACUCUCUGAUCCAACCGAUGAACGAGAAGGGACCAUGGGAUACGUCUUGUGUAAUAUAAUGGUAUUAGGCCCUAAUGAUGAGCCAUUUGUACACGAUGUGGCCACUGAAAAAAAAGCAGAUGCCACCAAAGGAGCAACAUUGACUCCCAAAAAGAUCCAAUAAUGGCCUCAUUGUAUCCGAAUCAAUCUGCUCAAAGGAGAACACAUGGUUCCUCUGGAUAUGACAGCAGCUGAAAUCGAUGCCUAUGUGGUUGUUAAAUACGGGGGUUCCAAAAUCAAAUCCAAAGUUGUCACCAGUCGUAAUCCAGAAUGGUAUCAGCAAUUGAACUUGGCGUGUAUGCUCCCCAAUCAAAGCAAAUUCGUGGACAUCAGCGUUUAUGAUCAUGAUCUUCUCGGAGACGAUGACUUGGUCGGAACCUUUCAACUCCCGUUCAAGUCCAUCCCUGAAUUUGAAUCACAACCAAUGUGGGUCAAUCUGUACGGUGCUCCUUUACGAGGAGAAUCUAAAAAGGCCGACAUGAUGAAUCUAUAUGGCAUGACAAUGGGUUCUCAUUACAGGGGAAGAAUCUGUUUCACUAUUUGUCGUUUCGAUCAAAGGGAUGCUAAGACCUUUAAAGAGGAUUUAAUCUAUAGAUUUCCAGAAAACCCUAUGCCAGUUCCAGAAUAAAAGGGAUACAUACUGAGAGUAGACUUACUUGAAGGACACGAAUUCCCAAUUAGGAAAUAGUCCAUCAUACAAGUUAAAAUGGGACCAUAUCUAUUGGUCAGUCAACCUGCUACUGUUUAGGAUGGAUCAUGCAUGUUCUAUGAAAAUCUACCAGACAAGAAGGUGCUAUUCCCCAAAAAUGCAGCUGAAAUACCAGACAUAAUCGUGUAUAUGGCAGAUGAUAAUAUUGAGGAUCGAAGACACAGCUUCAUUCGAUUGAAACCCAAAGAUUACUUGGAUAGUCCUCUCCGUCCUCAAAUCUUUAAGAUGACUGAGGACAGAUCAUUGGAUUUGGUGAAAGAUGAUGAAUUUCCAGGGUUUCUCUUUGCUAACAUCCAACUAAUGAGUAAUAUGCCAGGAAAGAGAGAACCCUAUAAACCGAAUGCUCAAUUGAAACUAGAUUAUCAAUUGAGAGUUUACUUGUAUUUGGGGAGAAACCUCCCUCCAGCAGAUGCUACCGGUACUUCAGAUCCCUUAGUGAAGGUAAGGUGUGCAGGAUAAAUUGUGUAAUCCAAGGCUUGUUCCUAAACGUUGAAUCCUGGAUGGUACGAGACUCUAAAAUUGAAUGUGAAAUUGUAUCCUUUCGACUAAGAAGUCAUAGUGCCUUCAGGAAUGUUCGUUAUGGUUUUCGAUCAGGAUUUGGAUGAGGACAACAAGGCCUCUUAUGAUUUGAUAGGGAGAAUAUGGAUCACUCUGGAACCCCAAAAGAUGCAAUUUUAGACUGAUAGUGAGAUUGUUGAUAUGUUCUACAAAAAACCUAAGUGGUACAACAUAAGGUACGAUGCAACUGAUGAAAUCCAAGGACAAAUACUCCUGGCAUAUUCAAUUAUUCCCAAGGAGAAAGCACAUCUUAUUCCUGAUGAGAGCAUCUAUCCUAAUUGUACUAAACAGGACCUCAAUCUAUUCUGCAUUGGGUUACGUAACUUCGAAGACAUGGUCUCAAAUAUCACACCAAGCAACGUCUCUGUUUCAUUCGAUAUCAGUGGAGACGACUACGAUCCCAUCUACACUGAUUACAAGAAAGUGAAGGACAAGGGUGUGAACAUCAAUAGACUAAUCCCAAUUUCAGUGGAUGUCCCCAAAAAUCAGCAUUUCUCGCCUGUCAUCGAUUGCUAUGUGUGGAAUCAGGAAUUGCCAGAUAAGCCUAAGCUUUUGGGAGUCUAAACCAUUUAACUCUCCAGGAUACUUGCAGAAUAUUACACCAAGUUGAAAUUGAAGCCAGGAGAGUAAAUGCCAGUUGAAUUCGAUGAGUCAGAUGAAGAAGAGAAUGAAUUGAUGAAGAAAUUAGAAGAAAAACAAAAACCCCUUGGUUUGGCUCAAAUUAAGGAAGCGAAUCCCAAUGAGGAGGAUGAACCAUUUGAUCUUGACAAAAUAGACUUAAAUAUUCCAUAAGAAUUGCCUUUCAAGAAAAGAGUGGUUGAUGAUUUUGAAUAUCAGGAGUACGUGAGGAAACAAGAAGAGGACUAUUAACGCAUCAAAGAGGAAGAAGAAGAUCUGCUUAAGCAAUCUCAAAUUGGAGAAUCAAAUGUCUAAGACUUAAUGAAUUUACAAGAUGAUAUACCAGUCUAUCGACCUACCACAUUUGGAGGUGGUGGCUUGUAGAUAGGCCAAGAAGCACCGAAUCUAUAAUAAUCCCACUUCUCUAAUCAAAGCAACAUCAUUAUCGAGCAGUUUCCCAAGGAAGAACAUGCUCCAGAAGAACAAAUCCCAGUGCGGGUCACUAGACCUAUGGAUAAUGAUAACAUAGGCGAGAACAAUCCACCUUAAUCUAAUAAUAAUAUAGGUGAGAACAAUCCAAUUCAAUCUCACAAUAAUCUCUAGAGUCAUUAAUCAAUAAGACAAUCCUAAUCACAAAAUGAGAGAGUAUAAAACAAUGAACAAGCCAGUCAAAAUCAAUAACAAUAGAGGGAUCAAAGGAGUAUAUCCUAAUAGUAAGUAGGACAAUAGCCGGUGUCUCAAUCAAAAAGAGGAUCGCAAUAGCAGGAGGUUAUUGAAUAAAGGAAUUAAUCUAUUUCAUAAUAAUAGAGAAGAGAAUCAUAAUAGUAAGUCAAUGUAGUAAAUGAAUAACAACCUCAAUAGUCAAGGAGGUCAUCGUAAUAAUAGCAAUUAAUUUAGAAAUAGCAAUCAUAAUAGCAAUCAUAAUAGCAAAUUGAAUAAUAACAGAAAUAACAAUCAUAAUAAUAAAUUGAAUAAUAACAUAAAUAACAAUCACAAUAAUAAAUUGAAUAAUAACAGAAAUAAUAAUCACAAUAAUAAAUUGAAUAAUAGCAAGAAAUAUAACUAUAAAAGCAGCAGUCUCGUAGAUAAUCUGAACAACAAUAACCCAGAUCGAAGUAGUAAUCUAUACAGAGAAAUGAUGAUUUGUAAUAGAGAAGACAAUCGCAAUAGUAGUAACUUGAGAAAUAAUAAUCCAACAAACUUGGCCAAUCCCAGGAUUUCUAAUAAAAAUCGCCCUCCAUUCCCAUAUCCCCAAUUCAAAAUAGAAAUGGAUACAGCUAAGGCAGUCAACAACAGAUUGAAGAUUUCAAUUUCCAACCAAAUUUGGAUGAAUCCAGAAUAGUACCUUCAGAACCAAAGUCUAAAACUAUGAAUGAUCAAUAGUAGAUGAAAAUAGGGUAGAGAGUCGUUUAACCACCCAUUCAGGGAUCUCAAAGAAGCAUAAGAAUGUUAAGUUAGGUUGAUUAACGAGUUGUCUUCGAAGCUGAGUAACACAUCAAAAAUUAAGCAGAAUUAAGUCGUAGACAAUCACAAUAAAUUCAAGAAGUAUAAGCUGUCUAACCGUAAGCAAAUCUGUCUGAUUAGCUUCAAUAAUUGCCUCAAUCACAAUAACCUUUAAAGACCUUAUAGGUUCCAACGGAUUUAUCCUUUUCCAAAGCAUCCAAAGUAUCCUCAAAAGCCUUAUCAGUUAAUUCUGGUCCCAAAGACAAUAUGGAUGCAGUGAAGAAGCCCAAACAGAAAAAGAAGAUGUUGUCGAAGGGUUCCAAGAAGGCGAAGCUAUUUGGAUUUGCUGCCUUGCUACCAAAGAAGAAAAAAACAAUUGAUAUUGAAACAUAUGAAGAUUUUGAUACAGACGACGGAGAGGACUUGGAUGUGACACCUGAAUGGUUGAAGGGCAGGAAGUUCUUACCUGAUGACUUGGAAGAUAAAAUGAAAACUAGCAAGAAAUUCCUCAAGUACACAAUAAUGACAGGGUAGAGUAGAGGCAAAGAUACCUAAUUUUUAACUGAAAAGAAUGGACCUUCAAGAGUCUGUGAUUUUAAAUGUUUGUUUUUAGAGGUCAAGCCUGGUUAGGAUAUUGAGAAAAAGAAAGAAAUGUAUAUAAAAAUGAUGAGACCCAAAUAAUAUGUAUGCAGAUUAUACAUUCUAGCAGGAAUCGAUAUUUAAAGUGGAGGAGAUGAACCACCUGAUUUGUACAUAAAAAUAAGAACUGCAACAAAAGAGCAUGAUUUAAAAAUGCUUUCAUUAAGACAAGGUACCAAUAAUCCUUAAUUCUAUUUUCCAUUUGAAUUGCAAAUGGAAGUUCCAGGAUCAGCUAUUAUAGAAGCUGAAAUUUGGAGUGCCUAAUCAAUUGGUGAUGAAUUAGUGGGUACCUCCCUGAUUGAUUUGGAGGAUAGAUAUUUUUCUGUGAUGUGGCAUUAAUUUGAGAAGAAACCAAUUGAGAAUAGAAAUAUAAAGGAUGAAUUCGGAUCUUCAGUAGGCAGAUUGUAAUUAUGGAUUGACUUGGUAGAAAAGGCCUAUGCCAAAAAAGACCCCAUGAUUAAAAUUACUGCUCCUCCUCGCUAUUAAUUUGAACUGAGAGUAAUUAUUUUUGAGACAAGAAAUUGUGUAUUCAAAGACGAAUUAGAGAAAUGCAACGAUUUGUACUGUAAAGCGGGAAUUGCCAACUAAGAACUUCAAGAAACGGAUAUUCAUUGGAGAUGCAGGGCUAAGGGUUCUUUUAAUUGGAGAAUCAAGAAUAAAGUAACUUAUCCAGCACUUCCAGAUGAAUUCGGAACUGAUAAGUUUAAGAUUCAAUUGUGGGACAAGGACAUUGUGGGAUCAGAUGAAUUAAUAGGAGAAACAACAUUCAAUUUGAAUACACACAAGAUGAUUGACAAAGCUGUCAAGAGACUUUAAGCAACAUCUUUGACUCAACGAAUCAGAGAGAAGGGAGGUGUAAUAACUGACAGACUUUGGGUAAUACCUAUACACUUAUAUCAUUUACUAGUUGGAUGUAUAUCAUCCAGAUGCCGUGGACGAGGAAGGAUAGAAAAUAUCAUAAGGACAAGUCUUGUGUUCUUUUGAGUUGAUACCUCUCACUGAGGCCGAGAAAAAACCAAAUGGAUUUGGCAGAGAUCCUCCGAAUGUGUUCCCUCCAUUGAAUGAACCUACUGGUCGAUUGUCAUUUGAUAUCACCAAUCCACUCGGUUUUAUUAAGGAGAUUAUGGGUAGUAAUCUAAUUUGAUCAAAGGUCCCGAUCUAUAUAAUAAGAUAUGCAAGUUCCUCUUAACUGCUUUACUUCUGACUGUAGGUGUCACUGUGGGAUGGAUAUUCUUGGGUCCUUUGAUUGCUAAUGUUAUUGUGAAGUGA